AUGCGGGCCUCAUUGCAUCCACAGGCCAAGUUCGACCCGAUUCCUCCGGACCUUGAUCUCUAUGGACUGGUGGACCGAUGCGCCAACUUUGAAUGGGUCCUUCGCAUAUCCAUCCAUCAGAUUCGGAACCUAGGACCCGAGGAAUUCGAGAAACUUGUCCUCCUCCAUGUCAUCCAAGGCGGCAAGCCCCUCGUCAUUGAAGGCUGGGACGAGGUCCUCCCGCCAUCGCUCUUCAGCGCACAGUGGCUAGAGCAGAACCUCGAUAAAAAGCAGGAGAACGUUCGCGAUGUCAUGGGUCAAUAUGACAUUCCCAUGACGACCGGCCACUACCUGCGGUCCAUGAAGCAACUGACCAACCAGUGGUCCCCAAGUAACUACCGCGACGAGCGCCGUCAACGACUCUACCUGAAGGACAUUGACUGCCCCGCUGAAUGGCACGACUACCUCCGCAAGAUCAUCCCCCCCAGUCUCUUCUACAUGAACGAAAACGUAACUCAAAGAGGAGGCGGCGACGAGCGACAGACGGAAAUCUUCGGGGGCGGUUUCGAGUCCACAGCCACCUCUGCUGGUGAUCUCAUGUCGAGUCUUCCCGAAGAAAUGCGCGCGCAGAAUCUCAUGUGCUACAUCGGCCACGAAGGCACCUUCACCCCGGCCCAUCGAGAGAUGUGUGCCAGCCUGGGGCAGAAUAUCAUGGUUGAAGCAUCGGGUAAAGAGAACGGCGAGAAGGAAGGCAGCUCCAUCUGGUUCAUGACCGAGACCAAAGAUCGUGAAGUCGUCAGAGAAUAUUUCCUCUCCAUGCUGGGUCACGACGUCGAGAUUGAGAAGCAUUUUGCCCAGAUCAACGCGUGGAAGAAGGCGCCAUUCCCCGUCUACAUCGUCGAGCAGAGGCCGGGCGACUUCAUCCUCAUCCCCCCUCUGGCACCUCACCAGGUUUGGAACAGAGGUACCCGGACCAUGAAGGUCGCCUGGAACCGAACCACCGUUGAGACGCUCGAGCUCGCGCUACACGAAGCGCUCCCAAAGGCCAGGCUUGUCUGCCGUGAUGAGCAGUACAAAAACAAGGCCAUCGUCUACUUCACGUUGAAAAAGUAUUACCAGCUUCUCCGAGAGUGUGAAGAGAAAAACGAAAUGUCCCUCCUCGGGUUCGAGGGGUUCGGCCGAGAUCUCUUUCGUUCGUCGCCUCGGUUUAAGCAACUCGCACGCGACUUUCGGAGCCUGUUUGCUCUCUUCACCGAGAUCAUGACGGAUGAGAUGUUCGCCACCAAGGAAAAGAACGUCGAGUUUAUCGAAUACGACUCGUGCGUCGUCUGCUCGUACUGCAGAUCUAACAUCUUCAACCGGUUCUUGACCUGCAAGAACUGUGUCAGGACUCUGGUCAACGGCGACGAGGACGCGUACGAUGUGUGCAUGGAAUGCUACGCCAUGGGCCGGUCCUGCAUGUGCCAGUCUCACCUCACAUGGUGCGAGCAGUUUCCUUGGUCGGAACUGGUCGACAAUUACGAAGCUUGGAGGUCCAUGGUGAUCAAGAACGACGGGUUUGUGGACCUGGACUAUUCGCCGCCACCGCUCGAGGUCGCCCGGGCGCGACGCGGGAAGAAAUCCACGGCUCAGAUUUGCCAGGAGGCUUUGCGCCGGCGCCCGUUCAAGGACCUCAACAAGCCCGACGAAGAGAAGGCGCCUUCUGAAUCCGAACCCGAGCCAGAAGUCGACGACGAGGGCAGGCCCAAGAAGAAGUACAAACGCAAAGCGAAGAAGGGCGACACGCGCCGCUGCCACGUCUGCUGCCAUAAAGACUACACCUACAGGGUUCAUGAGUGCACCACCCCCGGCUGUCGCGAAGCCUACUGUUAUGGUGUCUUGUACCGAGCUUUUGACAUGAUGCCCCAGACCGUCCUCGAGAACGAGAACUGGCAAUGCCCCAGGUGUCUCGGAAUCUGCAACUGCGGCGCUUGCCGACGGGCCUCUCUCGGCAACCCUUACAUGCCCAAGAACACCCUCCUCGGCCACGACACGAAGGCUAUCGCCGAUGACCGGAGCGUCGAACUCCUCGUAGACUUCAGGGUGCACAACCUGAACUGGCUGAAGGCCAUGGGAGACGAGAGUCGUACGACCGAUAGCCGGCGGAUGCGGCAGCUCAGAGAGCAGGCCGACGUCGCGAAGGCUCAGGACGUCACGGGCGCGAAGGAAGCCAUCGAGAACGUUACCAACGGCGGCGGCGCCGUGGACGCUCGCAACGACGUGAACGGAUACGGAGAUCAGAGUCACAUUUUGGCCGGUCCGUCCAUGCACGAGACCUACCAUGACGAGAAUGGAGAUGACCGCGCACCGGGCUCGCACCAGGAGCUCGGCUAUCUUCCACACCACGUGGAUCCUUCUGCUGGUCCCUUCCCAGGCCACGGUGUGGGCGACGAUUCCUCCUACCCGGAUCCCAUGAUGAUGGGCGGCCAGCGCAUGCUGGGUAUGGGAUACUACGAGCAAGACGCUGGUCCCGAUCAGAUUUUGUUCGACCCCUUCCAGAUGCCGUCAGCCGAUGCCAUCGCCUUUGAUGAAGAGGCCGAGGUGGUCAAGAAAGCUCUCCGCGCUCAGAAACGAAAAGCCAGGCAGGAAGGCGAAGACGACCCCGAUUUCUACGCGCCCAGGCCUCACAAGAAGAAGAAGAAGGAUACGCUUGAUUCGACAGCUGUUGAUCCAGCUCUCCUCGGCGCUGCAGGACCCUCGGGUGGGGACAACUCGACUGCGGAUCUGACGGGGAACGUCGGGGAGUCGGAAGCAGCGCCGCACGCACAGCCAGCACAAGAGGCGACUACUGAGGUGGAAGUACAUGUCCCUGAGCUGCGACCUACCAGGCCAAGAAUCUCCUAUGCAGAGGACGCGGAGCCUCUACUCGACGAGAUUGAGGAUGUAUUGCCGGCCUGGAGUGCAGGCCGUCCGCGGAAACCACAGCAUGCAACUGACGGACCUGCGACUGCGGCCCGUGGAGGCGCGUUGGACAGGGCUUCAGCGGCUGCUCGGGCGCGUAUGGAAACGGGCGAUGCCGGGGCCGCGGCGACGCCGGAUCGCCCUAAGAGGCGCGGUAGACCGCCGCGCCAGGUGUCCUCCUCCUCCUCCUCAGCAACGCCCAUGACAAGAAGUGCCGAGAAGUCGGCGGGCGUGUCCCCGGCCGAUUUCGCUGCCCGGCAGCGCGCGGCACGAGCCAGCCGAAGGUCCGGGUUGGCCACUGUCGAGACGGCCGGCGACUCGGCGGAAGACGGCGAAGGGGAGGAUGACACGGAUGAAGCGGCUGCCGAGCUCGAGGCCGAACUAGAGAAGGACCUUGCUCGCGGUGGCGAAACGGAGAUGGGGAGGCCGGCUGAUACGGAUGUCACGCCGGUGCCCAGGCGUCGUGGUCGCCCGCCGAAGAACCGUACGGCCGCCGCUCCCACUACGGAAACCGAUAUCAAACGCAUGUCUCUGGCGGAACGCUUGGCAGCGAAGGGCAAGAAACUCAAAAUCCGUUCGCGGAACGCUCGCUCUUCUCAAGGCGGGGAGACGGCUUCCCCCGGUCCAGGUUCCACACGGCCCGAGUCGACGCCCCGAACUCGCCGUUCCGAGGACCCAACGUCUCCAGGUCCUGCAGCGGCUGCCGUGGAGGAGGAGGUGGAGGAGGAGUCGCCCACCGCCGCACCGGGACGCGAAAGCCCCGAGCCAGCGCCGCGUAGCGAAGAGCCUAACAGCCCCGUUGCUUCAGAGACCAACGAAAGCAGGAGACGCAAGUCGGCCACGGAGGACAACGUCGCGCCUGGUUCGCCCAUGUCGGAGGGGGCAGCGGUUCGCCGGUCGCCACACCACGGCGGCGGAGAGUAUGAAAACGCAGAGGAGGAAGAUGAACAGGAAAGAGAACGUUCGCCACGACCUGCCAAGAACGGCCCGACCAUUGUACGCCUGGGCUCGCACUCCGGGUCAGAGUUUGAGGACGAGGCGGCAUCGGAGACACCACCUGCCGAGGCAGCAAGUGAGCUCGGCUCCGAUUACGAUAGCGGAAGUAGUGAUGACGAGAUCCCCGCCACGAUUUCUCGCGAUGGACGGGGCGCGACGCAUGCCACGAGGGGUACCGGCCGGGGAGGAGGCCGGGGUAGAGGUAGGCCAAGGGGCAGGGGCCGUGGGAGGCCGAGGGGCCGUUGA